AUGUCCUCCGACAACGACUACAUGGCCUUCCUGAACAAGGCAAACGCAGACCUCGACAGCGGCCGCUCACAACCAGCAACUACCACCCAGCAAGCCCGCACAGAGACCGUCGACGUCGACGUCAAGGUCCCUACCCCGCUUACCUCCGUCGACGCAUACUACAUCUCGGACACCGACGAGCCGUUUGAGCCUGUUGCGCUGAGAUGGGAGGGCGCGCAGAGGGGCGUGUGGCCUGAUGCCUCAACCUUCUCGAAACUCAUCUCCAUCAACACAGACCUCUCCGACUCCAUUGAGACGUUAUCGCCUUCCUCGUUCGACCCGAGGAACCAGUAUGCUUCUGUGCUUAAGGCUGUGCGUGCUGCCGCCGUUGAGAGCACGCAGGGCGAUGACUCGGCGGUUGAGGUGAAGAUCUAUCGCGCGGAGGUUGGAACAUCCAGGAUUGAGUACUAUAUAACGGCGUUGGAUAGUGAGGCGGGGUUGCUUGUUGGGUUGAGGGCGAAGGCGAUUGAGAGCUAG